UUGGAGGGCGGGGCCUGAGUGUGACCCCGCCCCCGGGCGCGCGCACGUCGUCGCGCGGGGCGGGUGUGACGCAGUUGCCCAUGGUAACCCCGGGCCGCGCCGAGGAUGGGUUUACUGUCAAUCCUGCGCAAACUAAAAAGCACCCCGGACCAGGAGGUGAGAAUCCUCCUCUUGGGACUGGAUAAUGCAGGCAAGACUACACUCCUGAAACAGCUGGCAUCAGAGGACAUCAGCCACAUCACACCAACACAGGGCUUCAACAUCAAAAGUGUACAGUCUCAAGGCUUCAAGCUGAAUGUAUGGGACAUAGGCGGACAGAGGAAGAUCAGGCCAUACUGGAGGAACUAUUUUGAAAACACUGAUAUCCUUAUCUAUGUCAUUGACAGUGCAGAUAGGAAGAGGUUUGAAGAAACGGGUCAGGAGCUGGCUGAGCUUUUGGAUGAAGAAAAGCUUAGUGGAGUCCCCGUGCUCAUAUUCGCUAACAAGCAGGAUUUGCUGACGGCUGCCCCUGCUUCGGAGAUUGCCGAGGGACUGAAUCUGCACACAAUCAGGGACAGAGUCUGGCAGAUCCAGUCUUGUUCAGCUCUUUCAGGAGAAGGAGUACAGGACGGCAUGAAUUGGGUGUGCAAAAAUGUCAGUGCUAAGAAGAAGUAAAGCGAUCUGAGCUGCAUGGAAAUGGAGGAGCGGUGGGAGCAGAAUUCUAGCCUGAAAACACUAAUUUGCUGCUUUCUGACCAAAUGUUUUUCCAUCUGUGCACAGCUACAGCUGUUAAAAGAAAAAAAAAAAAGAGAGAGAGAAAAAAAGGGAACAACAUCGGUUUAAGCCUACUGCUGGAUUUGGAACUUGACCUGCUCUUUAGUAUCAUUUUUUUAUCCCAAUAAAGGAAUUACAUAUUUCCUCCCUAUGCAUAAAUAGUAUUAAAUGUCUGAUUAGCAAGCAAGUUUAUAAGCAGAAGCAAGACUGUGAUUCAGUGUGGAGCAGAGGGGUUGGUGAAUUACUGUAGUUGCUUAGAUGCAUAAGGACCUGCCCUAUACAUGUGGCUGCUGAGGACACGCUCGGGUGUCAGUCACAGCUUCCCCUCAGUGACAGAUAAAAUGCGGUUGUGUUACCAAUUGUGGGUAGUUUCUUAAAAUAAAGCUGCUAAGGAGUCAUUUGUGUAACGAGCGUAGAAGACUUCCACACAUUCCUAUAGCCAUAAAAGAGGAGUUUGAUCAUAACGAGGCACUGUUGCAUUGCGACACCGCUGUAGAAGGGAGAGAAGGGUUAUAUGUGUAUAAUUGAAGCUCUUUACAGUUGGAAUAAUGCAGGAUGAGCAUGCCUAGGGCUUUUCUCGCAGCUGAAGGAGAAUUUAGCCCAGCGUUUCACCUUGAGCCAGCGAAAACGUGGUUCCUCCGUUCAAUAAGUUCCAUAUGUGAGAUUAGUCUUGAUGUUGAACAAUCCCUGUUGAUUUUCCCUUGAUGUUAAGGCAACUCUGCAGGAAAAUGCAAUUAAGUCCAUGAUUACUUUCUAGAAUGAGAUAUCAGGUCCCAGGUUUCCUUUUUGAAAUAUGCAAAAUGUAUUCUCCUACCCCGCCACCUCAGCAAGCCUCGCCUAGCCCUGCCAGGGAUUGGGGGACUGCCCCACAGUGGGCUGGCUGCCCAGUGCCUGAGGUCCUCCCAGCCCCAUCCUGGCUGUGGAUUGCCCUGGUGGCAGGUGAGGAUGCCGAUGAACGGCAGAUGAGAGGCACUCUUUAAAACGAGAUUUCAUUCUUCCCUGAACUGGCUUUCCUGUAAAAGGAUGCAGUUGCUGAAAUAGGAAAGAGAAUGUGUUUUCUGCGUCCUCGCCCCCAGUUCAAAUCUAACCCCAGCUGACAGUGAGCAGGAACGAUUAGCACGCCAAAGCAGCCAUGUCCUGCAUGAAGCAAGCUUGGUGACUCCUGGGCCAGUUUCUAAUGCACAGAUGGUAAAAUAAUCCCACUGCCCUGCUUGCCAGCUUUGUUUGCUGCCUGCCUGCGAAAGGGCAGAGAAUGACUAGGGACUGCAUUACCCCUUCCACCUCCUGGAGACGGACUGUCGGGCAGGAUGGGGAAAGCUGCAUGUACUAAAGCAUGUGGCUUUACCACGCGUCAGCGAGUUGACUCAUGGACCCAGGCAGACGGCUGACACCCCUGGAGCUCCCAGCUCUUUUUUCCUCCCUUCCCCUGGAUGUCUCCACCUCACGGCACAAACAUCUGCAGUGUACGUGAAGCAGCCCCUGGCCGCCUACGCGUUACAGCUUGGCAGAUUAAAAUCAUCUGGGGCUCAUUCCAGGUCCCCCCAUACAUCAGGAUGUACAGUAGCGGUUCAGGGUUGAUCCGCGUGUAGUUCAGCUGUCUGCUGUGGCUGGGGGCAGAGGGACAGCUGGGACAGCAACUGCUUUAGCAAUCCAACUUUAAUCUGCCUGCGUCCGUGAGUCAGCACCCUCCGUGUGCAUCUGUCUCCAGCACAGAGGCAGGACAUGCCUGCUGGAGUAGCACAGCCUUGCUUUAAAAACCAGACGACUGGGGAGGGGGCGGGGAAGAGCGGGCUCGAGUGAGCUGUUAAGCAAUAGCUAAUGACACAAAGUGACACAGCUCCAGCUUUGCAUGGAUUGAGUAAGGAGUCAUAAGAUGAGAUGUUCGUUUAAACACAGCUUGCUCGGUGACUCCCCAGCUGCAAUGGCUUAUCAGGAAUGCUGCAGAUUUGGGCAUGGCAUGUUCCUGGGUCAGCCCAAGGAGGAGAAAUUCAUCCCGGCAUCACCUUUUCCUUGCAAUUAAUGCAUUUGCCUGAUGCAAGCGCUGUAAAGAAUUGCAGCCCUCUCCUGUAGGCACGCCUGGUGCUGGCUGAGUGGCAGAGCUUUGUGAUGGAUACUCCUGAGCUUUUGAGCUUUGGAUUUGUCCGCAUUGCAUGCCAGAUGCAGAGGGAAAUGCUUGGAUACUUGUCCCCUGGUCCAGGCAGGACAGAGCAAGGUCCCCCGGGGGGCUCAGGCAUUGAUCCUUCUCCCUUGCAAGGGACUUGAGUUGGUGCUUUCCUGCUCCCUACUUUUUUAGCAGUGGCAAAUUUACUCUGUGACACCCCACCUGUGCCACAGUUGGCUUCCUGGAGCUGAAAAGCAUCCAGGAGGGUAAUUUGUUUUUUGUCUCACAUUGGUUAAACUUGAAAAUGUGUGUAAAAUAGGUAUGUAGUAAUUUUCCUAUCGCUUUAGUUGGGAAGGGAAAAUUGCCUUAUUGAACUCAGGAUCCAGAAACAUUUGCUGGCUCAUUCAUUAUGUUUGCAUGUAGCUACACGUAUUGGUUGCGUGCAUCUGUACUGCCAAGAGUGUCACCUGUAAUCCAGCAGUUAAUUUGGUUUUCCUGAGCAAGGUAGUGAGAGGAAGACCAUGAUAGAGUGAUCUGUUCUGGGAGGAAGGAGGUGGAUGGUUAAAAUGACCAUAUCUUAAGUAUAUCACCCUGCAGUGAUGGCUGUAAAUGCUCAUUGUAUCGUAAACAUUUCUCUGUGCAACCUGGUGAAAAUGUAAAAGGAUUUGAGAUUCUGUUCACUUGCUGCUCCUUAUCUGAAUGUAUUUACAUUUGCUAUACCCUCUGCAGGGCUCACUGCCCUGGGCUGGCACCUGGCUAAACACCACCUGCACAACUGCCUGGGGCCAGCCAGAAAUGCCUGCCCCUGAUCAGUGCAGCCCCUGCCCCUCUCCCACGCCUUCAGCCGCACUCUGGUUUACAGCAAUGGCACACGCAAGGCUCUGUCCUUCCAACACUGUCAGCUUUGCCCUCCUUAAGGUGAGGCUGGGGGAAGCAAACCUCUCAUUGGUAUGGGUGGAGCUCUGCCACACUUCGCAUCAAUUCAUAGAUUUUUAAAGCCAGAAGGGAUCGUUAUGUUCCUCUCUCCUGACCUCCCGCAUAACACAGCCCAUUAAACGCCAUCCCUCCAGUGGUGACUCACGGUUGAAUUAGAGCCCCUCUGGUAGGAAGACACCCGGCCUUGAUUUAAAGGCUUGGAGUGACAGACAGACCCACCCCAGGCCUCAAGAAGUUUGUCACAGGGGUUAAUUCCUCUCCCAUGGGAGUUUGUUGUGCUCCGCUUUCACAUAAUUAAAUCUGGUUCUACCUUUGUGAUAGAUGGAAAGAUGCCUCUCCUGCUCCUACCCCGUUGUGUUCCCUGGAGGGGAGAGGUAGUGGAAAAGUGAGAUUCUCCAAGGGCACAUCAGAAAGCAUGAGUCCAAGCCCCUGCUCUGACCACAAGCACUGGGUGUGGGCAUUUGUAUCCUCCCCUGGCUGUGGCUGCGUCCCCCACUGCAGCUCCGAUGGAGGAUGUCUCUCCCUGCCAUCGGAGAAUGCUUCCCAAAGCCUCUUGCAACCUUCUCCCAUUUUUCCCACUACCAAUAAUGUUUCUUGUAUGUUAAUGUUAAUGACUUCUUCCUCUGUCAAAACUAUAACUGGUCACCAGACUCUUUUUUAUGAAGUGUACUGGGAUGAGACCAACCCACUCCAACUCGCCUCUCGCCCCACAGGUCUCACCCUUCUCCAAAAAGGUGGCGGCUGUUGCAUUCCUUGGGCCGUCUGAGUCCACACAAGCUCUUUCUUUUAUGUUCCCUUUUUGAAUUUCACCAAAAAGGGGUAUUUGCAAUAUCUGGUCAUGUUGUUACUCAGUGUAUAAUUUAGAUGUCUUUGUCAAAAAAAAAAAA